UGCCAGGUAUCGCAGGACACCUUAAGGACGUGCAGGACAAGGGACUGGAGGAGAGGAGGUGCACGGGACCGGGUAUGACCACACACUGAUGUCCACUGGAGCCGUCACCAUUCGACCGCUAGCCCACGCUCUAUCGAUUCUCCUUUCGUUGACGAUUCUACACUUGGCAUUGCUGCCGUCCAAACGAGCCUUAGCUGAGGCCAGCCAAUAUGGACAACAACGUCGCCAGUCCUUUCUGGUCACGCAAAUCUGCAUGGGAUCGCAGUCGUUCACCAACACCAUCAAUCUCGUGCUGACAUUCGGCCGCAGCGUGCUCGCGCAGCCCAGGCCGCUGAACUUCGGAGGAAACCUGGGUCUCAACGUGACGCUGCGCGGACUCGACACUCUGUCGCUGCGGGGCACCGUGGAGACAUACUGCGACGAGAACGUCGCGCAGGCCCUGAUUCCGGUCAGGCUGUCGCCGACCAUCGUGGUCACUCUGAUCUCGCCGGUGCCGUACCUACCGUACAUCCAGAAGGACAUAGCGGGCACGCUGAGCGGACUCCAAGCGAACGUCGGUAUUCGGGUGGACAGGAACGACCCCAACGGCCGUCUGGUGAUCUCGUCGCUCCAUGUGUUGAACGUGGACACCAUCGACGUCGAGCUCAGCUCGUUCGCCGCCUUCUCCGGCACGCCGUUCACGUCGUUCUUCCAACUGCCCGGCAUGACGAGGAAGAUCGCGCUGCUCGCGCCUGUGGUGCGAGCCGCGUUGCAGGUGUUCAUCGACAACAGCUCCUUUAGCCUAUAAAUAACGCGUGAAAGAGUUUUGUACAAUAGGCGAUAUUGGGAUCGGUGUCUUGCGA